CCUCUCUCUUCUUCCCGGUUCGCGUCACUUCCGGUCCAUCUUCGUCCUUUCUGUAGAGUCAGGGGUUCGGGCAGAGGUGUUGAUUAAAACAACGCACCCGACCAAACAAUCUAAUUUACUCUCUCUGAGUUUUUAUAUUUUCCCCUGUUGUUUUUGAUUAUGGCGGAAUUUGAUAUGUUCGGUUCGGUCGGUAACGGAGUGACUGCAGAGGAGGACCCGGCCGCGGCAUUCUUGGCUCAGCAGGAAAGUGAGAUCGCUGGUAUUGAGAAUGACGAGGGCUUCAGCAUCCUUGACAGUGGGGAUGUGCCCACUGGGCUACAGUCCGGUGAUUUGACAGAUGCUGCAAUGAAUGGUGACUUUUAUAAGGAGGCUAAUGGACCAACAAAUGGAUAUGCAGCUAUUUCUCAGGCUGAUCGCUUGCAAGCUGAACCGGAGAGUAUUCGCAAAUGGCGAGAGGAGCAAAGGAGUCGGCUUGAAAUGCUUGAUGCUAACUCCUUAAAACAAGAAUCUGAAUGGAAAGAAAAAGCUGCUAAAGAACUUGAAGAGUGGUAUGUCAGGCAAGAUGAGAUGUUACAGAAGACAAAAGCAAAUAAUAGCACAAACAUAAACCAUCCUUGCUACAGCCUAGAACAGGCUGCUGAAGAGGCAUUUGUGAGUGAUGUGGAAGAAACGACACCAGGUACAGAAUGGGAGCGUGUAGCACGCCUUUGUGACUUUAACCCCAAGUCAAGCAAACAAGCAAAAGAUGUGUCCCGUAUGCGCUCCAUCUUGAUUUCACUCAAGCAGGCUCCUCUGGUUCACUGAAGAAAAAGCACAACCGAAACACGACACUUCAAAUAUUUUAAUCUUUACUCAGAGAAGCUAUGUUUGAGAAACUUGUUUUACUUUUCCCUUUCAGGACCAAACCUCCCAUUGUAUUUGACAUUGAUCAUUGUAUGUAAUUCUCAUUCUGAUUCCAUUUGCUGUUCCUCUUUUGUACUUCUAAACAAGACUCGAGAGGGAACCUACUACAACCGUAGUCUUCUCACAAGCGUGCAUUCGUGUUAAUAUCCAAUUGUCAUUGGUCUUUUGAUUUGUGCUAAAGUGUGAUAGUAAUAUUAAAGGUCUUUAAAGAAUAAGAGUUUACUGUAAA